AUGAGUGUAAUCAUCGAUGGGAUGGAUCAGCACUGCACAUCAAUACCGCAACUCCAUCCAACACCUAAAGCUCUGAGCUACAAUGAUCAACUGCACACUCACAUCACCGGUGCACUUGUUCAUGGAAGAGGUCAACACGCCUACAUCGAUUUUAACGAGUACCCACAUGACAGCAACCUAACCAUUAAUAUCCUGCUCAACAUCCUGGUCCGUUAUGCCGACUCUCUUCCACCAGUCCUCUACCUACAGCUGGACAACACUUCUAGGGAGAAUAAGAAUCGACAUCUCUUUUCUUUUCUGUCCCUGCUCCUUGAACUCAAUAUCUUCAAGAAGAGACACCACUGGCAUCACCACAUCCUGUCAUCACAUCCAGACGGACAACCAACAUUGGUAGAGAAGUCAUUUGCGGACAUCAAUAUCAUACAUCUACCAGACAAGCUCCAGCCAUACUUGGAAGAAGUAGACAUUGAGGCAUGGAGGUCCCUCUAUGAGCUACUCACCUUGGAAGAGGAGGAGAAUGAAGAAGAUUCAACAGUGAGAUGGCCUAUAUGCGAUCUACUGAUAAUGGCCAAACAACCAACUGACAGACCACAGCUUGAGGAGCAUGCUUGCAACACAGAGGAUGAAACAUUCAGACAGGUUCACAUAGGACCCAAAGUAAAGGAACAGAGGACAGAAGUUAGGGAGAGAGACAUGGUGGCAACAUAUCUCCCAGAGUACUCGACACACUGGCCUCAAGUUGGCUGCAUUCGCAGUGUACAUGAAGACAAGUCCCUACAGAUCGAGUGGUACACAGGAACCUUGACUUCUAAGUGGAAGGAGGUAAAGGUACCAGUCAAAGGACAAAAGGGCAGGAAACAGCUUUGGGUUGAGACUAUUGAUUCUAGUUCUGUGAUUCUCCCUCCUUUCUCACUGACUGCUGGAGAAAAACUUCCUCUUCAAACAGUGAAUGGUUUGAGAGAGAAGCACAGUAGCUAUUUUCAGUAGCUUUGUAGAUCCUA